AAGUCGCAUUCACGGCUUAAUUAGGUGCAAGUUUCUUGCACGGAUAAUUUAGCAUGAACUGAGCUGCUCAAUGGUGCUCACCAUGGGCCAUUAAACAAUUUGUCAACAAAAGUUGAUUAUUAUACAGAUUGUGAUUUUAAUAAAUGUGAAAACUAAGCUAUAAAUCUUAAACUCUAAGUUUUUUUUUCUGUUUUUUAGUUGACAAGAUAGUUUUUCUGCAAUUUACUCUGUCUUUUUUGGUUACUAUUGUUAUAGUAGGUAUAGAAAUGUAUUUGACAAAUUUACUUUUUAAAAUGGUGAGAGCAAGAAAAUAGUUAACUGCGUUUAAAAUCCCCCUCUUCAAAUCUUAGCUAAGUUUGCCAAAAUAUAAAAUACUUAAUAAAACCGUGUAAGGCAAUUGUUUCCCAAUGUCCUUUAAAAUGAAAGGGAAACGAAUAAAGUCUUGCAGCAAUUACAAAACAGCAGUUUUAGACACCUUACGGUUGAAUGAAUCCUUCCAACUGCUAGCUAAACGAUAUUAACAAGGUUCUGCACAGUUCACAGAUUUUCAAGUAAACACGCGAAUUCUCACAGAAACACUUCUUGUUAAAAAAAAAAAAAUGGCGAAUUCAACAAAUUAUUUGUAUAAUGAGUAUGAAAGGAAAAUGUGAUGAUCGAAGUAUUGAUGAGCCUUGCUUAAAAUUAUUACAUCCACUAUGACGUCAUUGUGGGUGUGUUUACUUUCACACGUAUUGGCAUUUACAUCAGCUCAUGUUCUAAAUUAUGACUCUGUCACGAUAUGCGAUGGUAUGAUGAAGCAAAUUAAGUGUCCACGCAAUGAAAACAUUCACGUCUUGCAAGGCUUUUAUGGAAAAUGGAGAAAUCAUGAUUGCAAGGGACAACAUCCUGAUCCAGACAAUCUACCAACAUGCAGUGAAGAUAGAAAAAAAACAACAAUGAUAGCUAGAAACAUUUGUCAAGGAAAGAAUACCUGUAAACUAGCUGCUGAUAAAUCUAUAUAUGGUCAACCAUGUCCAGAGAAUAGAGCUUAUUUAUAUGUAACCUUCUUUUGCUUGGCACCUGGAUAUAAACUGAAACAUGAGAAAAGCUCCUCGAAUGAGGAGGUAGUAACAGUACCUAGCCAUGGUUUUAUAGUGCAGGAAGCUAAACACAAUCUUAAAACUGAAGAGGACAAAAAGAAGAAAGAAGAUAUAGCGAACAAAAAGAUUAUUUUACCUCCUGGAAAUCCAACUCCAGGAGUUUUUAAAGAAGAAAAAGUUGAAGAAAAAUCAAAAAGUUUAAUUUCCAAUGAAAGCACACCUGAAUCUUUCGAAUUAGUUGAAGGAGAGGCCUCGCAGAAAUCACAACUACCAAAUUUAGAAGACAUUAAAAGGAAGGAGACAGAAGAGAAAGGAAUUCGAGGAAGUACAAUCUGCAAUGGUCAAUCAAAGCUAAUCGCUUGUUUACCUGAAGAAGGCAUUAAAGUUCAUUAUGCAUUUUAUGGUAAAAAGACUGGUAAAGAUUGCAAAGGGGACUUACCAUAUAAAGACGAAUCUCCAACGUGUUCAGCAUUGGAUGCCAAAAGUAAUGUUGAAAAUUCCUGCAAUGGAAAGCAAACAUGCCUCUUGUUUGCUGAUGACAAUAUCUACGGGAAAUCUUUAUGUCCGAAUGUUAACAAGUAUUUGUAUUUAAAAUAUUCUUGCAUCCAGAUGCCAACAGAUUUGCCAUCCAUGCCUGUGAAGUUGACACCACAGGAAGACUUAGAAGAAGAUGCAGUAUCUAGGUCAACUACUCCAGAAAAACAAAACACAACGGUCAAGAUAUGUAAUGGAGACAGGCGAACCAUCAGUUGUGAACGAGAUGUUGGCGUUCAAAUCCUCUCUGCUUUUUAUGGUAAAGAAAAUGGCAAAGAUUGUAGAGGUGAUUUGGGUUAUCGAGAUGACAUUCCUGAAUGCAGUAACCCACGUGCUAUGGACUCGGUUAAAUUUUUAUGCGAAAGUAGGAAAUCUUGUGACUUAGCGGCUGAAAAUGAACUAUUUGGCGAUGACGUUUGUCCAGGUGUCAAUAAAUAUUUGAAAGUGGUAUACAGUUGUUGACAGUACUGUUUGUUGACGCGUCAUCGUUUUUAUGUACACUAUUCACGAAUUUUUUAUUUAUAAAUGCAUCUUAGCUUUUAUCACAAAUCUCAGAUAAUAUUUUUAUAUAUAUAUACUUGAUUACAUUUUUAUCGUAUAAAUCUUUUUUUUUUUUGUUAUAUCACGUUGUCUGUUUUUUGUAUAUUUCUCUUGCUUCUUGAAAGAAUGAAUAAUUUAUCUUUUCAGAUAUUUUCUAUGCCGAGAGGGGUUAAUCAGUACUAAAUUCUGCCACGAGAUCGAAAAAAAAAUCUCUAUGGUUAAAAUUAAAAUGAUUGCAUUUCGUUUAAAAUUAAGUUUCUUACUACAAAAUUUACUCAGUUGAUAACUUUAAGUUUAUUGAUAUACCGCACAUUGUUAGCGCCCGGGCGUAUUUGUUUCAGUAUUUUUUUGGAAAUUUUAAGCUGGGCGGUUUAAGAUUGUUUGUUUUCUGGCUAGUACUAAAUUGAUGUACUAUUUGUGUAAUCUAUUUAUUCAGAGAUCAAGAGUUAUAGUGUUUACUUGUGAGCUUGUCUCUUACACAAGUGGAUGUUUUUUGUCAUUGAAGAAAGUUUCAAAUUAUAACGGAAAUUUUUUCUGACAUCACUUUACAAAGUUCCCGCCAAAACAAGGACCGCGAGCUGAUGUGUGUGCAUACGUGUCAUCUUGAUAUGAUAUCUCAACAUUUGUAUAUUUAUGUUACUAAUAAAAACUAAAGAAAUCUCAAACC